CUGUCAGUGUCCAUCAGUGCCAGCUUCAGUGCCACCUAUCAGUGCCAGUCAGUGCCGCCUAUCAGUGUGCAUCAGUGCCCUGUCCAUCAGUGCCCAUCAGUGCAGCCUCAUUACCGCACAUCAGUGAAGGAGAAAAAUCACUUAUUUACAAAAGUUUAUAACAAAAACUAAGAGAAAAACUUUUUUUUCAAAAUUUUCAGUGGUUUUUGGUUUGUUUAAGAAAAAAUAAAAAACCCAGAGGUGAUUAA